GUAUUAAAAGGGCGAUAUACUGAUCAGAAACGCUGUCCACGUCGGACAGUUUAAUCAACCAAUCACAUUAUAAUGUUUUGACACGUCAUCUGAGCUUUGCAUUUUUUUUUAAAAAAACCAACGUGAUAUGGUUUGGGCUAUGAAGCUCGCGGUUUCAUAAAAAUUUGACGUGAUAUUAGCUGGGCCAUAAAGCCCACUAUUUCUAAAGACGGAGAACGAGAAGUGCCGACUCGAGAUCCUUCGUCAGUCCUUCAACCCUACUUCCCUUUAUCAAUUCGGUACCUUUUGAUCUUCCUCUUCUCUGUUCCGUUUCACGAUUCGAUCCUCGAACCAACAAUACAUCCUCCACUUCGUCUCUCUUUACUCUCAUUUAUGGAUUCGCUUUGCUCUUCUCAUCAAGAUUUUAUUUAUAAAGCUCUCGAUCGAAGUUUUAUUUCGAUCAAACUUCGUUCUAUAUUCUCAUUAGUACAUCGCUAUCGCAAUGAGUUCCAACGGAAAAUCUGCGUUCUCUGGUGAUUCCCGCUCGGAGAAACCAAAAGACGGUGAGGCUGGCGACUUUUCCGGUCCGAUCAAGCCUAUCGGCACACACGAUGUCUCUUCCGGCCUCUCGAUCGGCAAUCCCCACUCGAAGAAAGCCAAAGGCGAUGCUUUGGUAUCCUCUCCAAGUCUGACCAAACCCAGCGGCAAUAGAGGUGUCUCUUCCGGCGUCUCGAUCGGCUCACCUAAUUCGAAGAAUCCCAGUGGUCCGAUCAUUCAGACCACGAAGACCAGUGUCUCUUCAGGCGUAAGAAGCAAAGCUGCUGUCUCCUCUGGCGUCAGGGGAAAAGCUAUUGUCUCCGCCAACGUUGGGAGAGUGAUGUCUUUCAAAGAUGUGAAAUUUGGACCUCAUUAAGGCGAGUUGAGGUUUCGGUUGAUCCACUUUUGGGAAGCUCGCAAUGUUCGGACGAAGUUGCUUAUCGGUCUCGAAAUGCUUCUCAUCGACCAAGAGGAAACUAUUAUUCAGGGCUUCAUCCCAGCUGGGAGGAUGGACACUUAUUUGCCACACAUGAGAGCUGGUGGCAUUUACAGGCUCCAUAAUUUUUUCGGGUCUAAUAACAAGACAUUGUAUCGGGUAUCCGAGCCAAGUGUCACCAUCACCUUCUCAUCGACCUCUGUCCUCUCUGAUCUAGAGGACAGUUCGGUUUGUUUCCCUGAGGACCGUUUCCGAUUCUAUGGAUAUGAGGAGUUCAAUGCUGCCUGCGACUUGAAAGGGGAUCUUUAUGAUUAUGUUGGCCACAUCAAACUUGUGAAUGGGCAGGUCCUCAAUGACAGUCUCGUGGUAGAUGAAGCCGAGAUAGCUUCAACCCGACGAGUUCUGCUUCAUGUUCAAACACAUGAUGGUCCGGUGAUGAAGAUGUACCUCUGGGACAAGGCUGCUUCAGACUUUGGUGAAAGAUUCAAGGCGUCUGGAGGAACUGCGAGUGUUAUCUUAGUCACCACCUUAAACCCGAAACGAUAUGGAGGUGCCCUAUGUCUCUCUUCUAUGGCGUCGUCAAGGAUAUUUAUGGAAAGUGAUGUUCAAGCAACCCAAGAUUAUCUCAAUUGGUUGAACUCGAACUUGGAUGUUGCUAAGAGAGUUGAUGUAGACGUUGUCACUAAGACUGAUACAGUGACCAUAGGCGAGCUCUUUUCUUAUAUGAAGCAGGCAGAUGCUAAGGUUGCUUGGUUUGAGUGCAUAGCCACCAUUGGUGAUGUUGUACAUGGUUCGGGAUGGUAUUACAUAGGCUGUGGUGGGUGCCACACAAAGGCAACCAAAGGGCCUACCACCCUUAUGUGUAAAAAGUGUGGGAAGAGUGAUAUUGUUGGUGUUGCACAGUACCUAGCCAAGAUAUCUGUGUACGACAAUAAUGACCAGGCGGUUUUUGUGCUCCUUGGUGACUCUGGUCAUGAGCUGUCUGGGAAGAAGGCUUCUGAGUUGGUUGAGAGUUAUUUUGAGGCCAACGAGGAUGAAGGAUCUGAUCACUUGGUUCCGGUCCCUCAAGCUCUGAUUGAUACCAUAGGCCAGACUCGCAAGUUCAUUAUGAAGGUAUCAACCCACAAUUUGACUGGCAAGACCCAAACUUUGACUGUGACAAAGGUGCUCACUCCAGAAGACCCAGAUAUUGGAGUCAAUUUAGAAGAAUCCGAUGGUGAGAGGGUGAAAAGGGCUGCUGAAAAGAUUGAGGGAGAAGAGCCUAAGAGAGCCAAAUGUGGCUAAGGUGUGAUUAGUGGUGGUUUUAUGGUUACUAAAAUUCUAUGCUUCAUUUCUUUUCAUUUUCAGACCUUGGUUUUGCAACAUUGAACUUAUCUUUCUUAAAAUAACGAUGGUUACACUCAUUUUAAUGUUUUUUCUUCAAGUUUGAUGUUUGGUUAUUUUACUUUUGUUAUAUCUGAUGCUUUUUCCAUC